AUGACCAGCGUUAUUGGCGCCUUCACCAUCACGGACGCAAUCAACAACAAAUUGUUAAGUCAGUGCACCCCACGUCCGGCCACCCCCCAUGUCCGGCCACCUUUUCCCCAUACAAACAGUUUAAAAAAGGAUUUAAAAUUACAUAUAAUUUAUGUAUUUUUUACUGCAAAAUACAUAUAA